CUCGGCACGAAACCGACUUCCGUUUUACAGACCACGUCACAAGACGUUAUAAAAAUAGCAGGAGUUUACUUCACGUGCAUUACAGAAUGUUUUUUAUUUGCCGGCCCAUCAGCUCGUGCUAGUGAUUAAAAAUAAGUGUGAGUGUGUGUUAGCAUGACCUCCGACUUAAGAAACAGAAAAAACGCCACCUCCACCUUCAUCGAAGAUGAACUGGACUCGUAUUUCGAUGAAAAGCCCGGCUUGAGAAAAACCAUAACCCUUCUGGAGGGACUGAUGAGGUCGAACCACACGGACCACAGUGACCAAACAACGGACACCGAAAAUGAAGAGACGGUCCUCCCACCCACCUACAUGGUGAUCAAAGUGGCCAAGAACGUACCGGAAACCACCACCAAAUGGCUGAUCGACAAGAUAAAGGGCCCCAAGAAGAGCGGAGGCGCCGAGCUCAUCGUCAUGAUGCAGCCCUCGGUGGACGACGGAUUAAUACUGCACAUUUCCGCAUCAAAAAUCAAGUUCCUGGAGAUAGCGGAGGAAAUGGAGAUGGUGAAGACGGACAGGAACGGAAUAAUGAGGGAGUUUAUCGUCGCCGAGUUGGAGGAGUUCCUCCCCAACGACAUGCACGUCGAUGACCUGCUCACCAUAUCCGAAAGGCAGACCAUCAUAAGGCACGAGCUGGAGAACAUCAGAGCCUUGGCCGAGGACGACCACAUCCCCGGCUUUAACAGCUACGUCCUGUACGAGGGCCAGUCGAUUUGUCAGGUGUGCCACAGGCACAACAUAAUCCUCAACAUGUUCCCCCUGCACGACGAGGAGGCCCUAAAGAAGCUGGGGAACAAGUGGUACUGGUCGUUCUACCAAAAGCAACCGAUCGAGGAGAUUCGACUGUACUUCGGCGAAUCGAUAGCGUUGUAUUUUCAAUUUCUUGGUUUCUACACCAAAGCCCUGCUGAUCCCCGUGUUCCUGGGCUUCCUGCAAAUAUUUGUUUCCGUCGAAACCGUUCCGUUCUUCUGCGUGUUCAACGUCGUCUCGGUCACGCUGCUGCUCGAGAUAUGGAGGCGGAAGAGCAACGAGCUUGCUUUCAAAUGGGGCACGAUUGGAAUGACCAGCUUGGACGAGCCGAGACCCAACUUUCGGGGUACCAUGGGGGUGGAUGCUGUGUCGGGGAGGAUCCAGCCGCAAGCACCCAGAUAUUUAACCACCGUCAAGAUGUACUGCGUAUCAAUGCCGAUUGUGUUCGUGUGCAUGGUGGGGGCGUUUGUGGUCAUGUUGGCGUCCUUUUGGGCCGAAGACUACAUCAAACAAUCGGACGAGUCUUAUCAACAAUACAUAAUGUUACCAAGCAUUAUCUACUCCAUUCUAGUCUUCGUUCUUAACAUGUAUUACAGAAAACUGGCCACUUAUUUGACGGAAUGGGAGAAUCACCGCACUCAAUCACAGUAUGACAGGCAUCGGGUAACGAAACUCGUUCUGUUCGAGUUCGUGAACAACUUCAUGUCGCUGUUUUACAUCGCCUUCAUCACGAGGGACAUGGAGAUGCUCAAGAGCCAGGUGCAGACGAUGCUGAUUAUCUCCCAGAUGAUAUGCAAUUUGCAGGAGACGGUGCUGCCGCUCAUCAUGAAGUAUUACAGUUUUCAAGUAAUGUCGUACAAAAGUCAGCACCCCAAGUCACCCAAGCAAAAGAUAUCAAGAAGCGAAGCUUUCGACCAAAUCACCUACAAUCUACCUCAAAUCCAACGUGACGACCCCCGAAUCACCCAGGUCAACCAAGAGUGCGUGAUGGAGGAGUACGAAGGCACGUUCGAUGACUAUUUGGAGCUGUUCAUCCAAUUCGGUUACGUGUUCAUGUUCUCCUCCGUUUAUCCACUGGCUGCCCUCUGGGCGGUCAUCAAUAACUUCACCGAAAUCAGGGCUGACGCCUUCAAACUCUGCAAGAUCUACCAGAGACCAAUGAGCAGGAGGGUUAAGGAUAUCGGAGCCUGGCAGCGAUGCUUCGAGGUUCUGAGCGUCCUCUCCAUCAUGACGAACUGCGGACUGUUGUACCUGAGCCCGCAAAUGAGGAAGCAGGCGCCGGAUUUGAGCGAGGUGGAGUGGUUCCUGCUGUUCGUGUUCCUCGAACACUUGCUGCUCGGCGUCCGCUACUUGCUCCACAUCACCAUUUCGGACAAGCCGGAAUGGGUUAGGGUGGCGUUGGCCAAGAAGAAUUACGAGUCUAAACAAGCCGUUAAGUUUGAGAGAUCGACCAGAAACAAAAAAUUACUAACCAGGCGUUUCAAGACCAUUCAUGGACCACACAGACACUAACUGAUACUUUUAUCUAGUCUCCAUCUAUCUCCGUCCAACUUCUAAGGCAAUUAAUCGUGUUACGUGUUGUUAAAUGCAUUCUUAUAUAAUGUUUUAUAUGUACCCUUAGUACAUAUUUGCUUUUUUAUGUUUAUAUUAAUAUAUAUAACUGUUGAAUAA